AUGGCAUUGCGAAUCCUCACACUAGAGAAUUACAUCCUGUCUGUAAGUUUGCAUGACGACCUUGGAAACCUUGAAUUAAUUCUCAGCCAAACUCGACAUCUGCCAUCCUGCAUAUAUGCAGAAUGCUCUACGUGGUGUACUGUACAUAAAUGGACUACCAUUUACUUCAUUUACGUGUCGUCUGAGCCAACUUGGCAUGCAAUUAGACACCCGUGCCACCAUGCACUGUGUACUCACACACAUGUUGGCUACCUUAAGCUAUAG